AUGGUUGGAGAAGGAGGCGCACACAAGCCUACUACAAAUGACGCGCUUAAAUACCUUAGAGCCGUGAAGGCUAAAUUUCAAGGUCAACGUGAAAAAUAUGACGAGUUUCUUCAGAUCAUGAUAGAUUAUAAAACUCAGAGAAUUGAUAUAUCUGGUGUUAUAAUAAGGAUGAAAGAACUCUUGAAAGAACAACAAGGAUUACUUUUGGGUUUCAAUGCCUUCUUACCAAAUGGUUAUAUGAUCACACAUCAUGAACAACCUUCACAGAAGAAACCUGUCGAGUUAGGGGAAGCAAUUAGUUUUAUUAACAAGAUUAAGACAAGGUUUCAGGGCGAUGAUCGUGUAUACAAAUCAGUUUUAGACAUUUUAAACAUGUACAGAAAGGAUAGGAAGCCCAUCACCGCGGUCUACCGGGAGGUUGCCAUCCUAUUUCUAGAUCAUAACAAUUUGCUUGUGGAGUUUACUCACUUUCUGCCUGCUACUCCAGAUAAGGGUUAUCGGAAUUAUUCUACGAACAAGGUGACAAAGUUUUCGGUCUACCGGAAAGAUAGUAAUGCCGAUAAAAAAAAAAUGAAUUUAAAAGGCGAAUAA